UUGAUUUAAUAAGACUUAUAUUUACAUAUAUUUAGGCAUACUUGGAACAAGCACAUGAAUUGGUUGUAAAUGAAAACAUAAUGUUACAAACAUUAGGAUUUGACAUCGCAAUUGAACAUCCACACACUUAUGUAGUCAAAUGCUGUCAGCUGGUCAGAGCAAGCAAGGAUCUUGCCCAGACAUCCUACUUCAUGGCUACCAACAGUUUGCACCUGACAACAAUGUGUCUCCAGUACAGACCAACCUUUGUUGCCUGUGUUUGUAUUCACCUAGCAUGUAAAUGGUCAAGCUGGGAGAUUCCUAAGUCUAGUGAAGGCAAGGAGUGGUUUUGGUAUGUGGACAAAAGUGUUACCUCAGAACUUCUUGAAGAACUAACAUCAGAAUUUCUAGCUAUUUUGGAUAAGUGUCCCAGCAAACUUAAAAGGAAAAUGAGUUUAGCAAAAGAACUUCUACCUGAAGAAAAGAAGACCAAAGUUGGAACUUCUCAACCUUCUUGUAAGGAAGUUAUUAAACAAAAUCAUGUUAAUAGUCAGCAGUCCUCCAAAAGUCACCAACCUAAGUUAUCCUCAUCCAAAAAACAAAUAAAAAAAUCACCAGGCCAACCUUCAGUGAAUGGAAAAGAAAAUCCAGAUCAUUCAUUCCAUCUGGAGGUUACUUCUAUCCCCACACUGUCAUCAUCACCUUCAGAAAAUAUUUCUCCAAGUAAAAAAGUUAAACCAGAGGGAAGUGUCACAAUAUCUCUUGCUGCCUAUAGAGAAAUGAAAGAAAAAAGAGACAAAGAGCGACAAACUAUCAAAGGCCAGCAAGAUGAUAUUAGAAAACAGGUAAGUGCAUCUGGAUCAGAAGAAAGAAAAGCUGGUAAACCCCAAGCACACAUUGUUAAUAAAAAGGGAUCCCAAAACAUUAAAUCAUCUGAAGAUACAAGUGAAAGCUUAGGUAAUGAAAACAGUGAGAGAAAGAAAAGUGAGAUUGUGAGUGCAUUACUUAAUGAGUUGUCAGAUGAUGAACAGAAUGGCCAACAGUCAAAUGAUUUUAUUAGAAAACCAGGGAGUUUGCCUCACCCUCGUAUGCCUAAAGACUCCCUCCAAUCAUCCACAGCAUUUAGUACAAAGCGUCAGGAUCUUGUAGAAUUAUCUCGACCACAGACCAUUAAUAGUGAUGAUUUAGUAAAAUCUUUUAAUGUGAAUUCUAAAGAGUCUUCUACAAAGUUGGUCAUUAAAUCUCAUCGUGAUCAACGUCCUGCCAAUUUAGACCAAAAAUCCACAGUAAAUACCUGUAGAAUUUCUGGGUCAAAUAAAAGUAGUAGAACUAAUAAACAUGCUAAGAUUAAAAUCUCUAAGAAACCUCAUCAGCAUUCUGUGUCCCAAGCUUCUCAGGACAAGACUCUCAGUUCAAACAGGAAAAGUCCUCACUUAGAAACAUUACCCCAGGCUUCAGCAAAUACUAAUGCUGUGUCUAGGCAGUCUGAAAAUGGUGCUAAUAGUGAUGGUUGUAAAAGUGCAAAAAUAUCUACUUCUGUAGAUCUUACUGUGAACCCAAAACACAAACAUAAACAUUCAGAGAAAGAAAAGAGUUCUAAGUCAGUGUCAGAACAUCAAAACACUUCCAUCUCAUCUCCGGGUCUUAAAAUGAAAAUUCCAAAAGAAAAAUUAAAAUUAACCCACCUAUUCAAGAUUCCAGUUCCAAAUCAAGCAUACAGCACAGAGAAGACCUAAAAAUUAAGAUUCCUAAGCUGAAAUUAGGUGUGGGAGAAAGUUCCAAAAGUUCAAUUAUACCAGCUGAAAGUAGUGGUUCUUCUGGGUCUAGUUUAAAAUUAGUUAUAUCAAAAGAAAGAAUUAAUUCAAGUACUUACAGCAAAUCAAGUUCCAAGCUUGAAAAAGAAUCCAGGAAAAGAGAACGUAGCCCAAAAGACUCAACAUUAAACAAAUCUCCGAAACAGUCAAAAUUGGAGUGUCAUGCUACAUCCAGUCAAAAAAGUGGGCAGUCCCAAGAAGCUAAUUCAGUUUCCAACAUGCAUCCCUUAGGAAAGCAAGGAUACAACCAGAAUGCUUCUGGUCAUCCAGGAGUGUCUCAUGGUCACCAUCGUAUUGAUGGAAUGGGAGGAAUGUUUCAAGGAAAGAGAAUGGCUCAACCGAGGCCUCCUCCUCCUCCUCAGUACAUGAUGAACUAUGGAACACCCCAAGGAUUUCCUUAUACACAAUAUUACCCAUAUCCUCUUCAUCUGCCCAUUCCUAUGGCCAACUAUCACCACCAAGCAUUUCCACAACUGUUUGGUAAUCCACCACCACCUCCUCCUCCACAAGAUCCACCUCUGCCAAGGGAACCUCCUCCACCAUCACCCCCACCUCCUCCUCCACCUGAGUAACGGUUAGGGUUUCAAAGAAGAUUAAGUGUCAGAAAGUUACGCCUUUCAUAAUUUACUAUAGUAAAUUUGUACAAAUAAAAUAAAAAUAACCUGUUUGGUGUGGAGUGUCAUACCUCACAGGGGCAUACAUCUUGAGCAACCUCGUUAACUGAGGUCCAAAUUUUCUUAUUGUACUUAUUGUUUUGCAUAUGUUUGAUGAAUGAUAAACUAGCGUCAUGCAUUUUUGUUUUUGAUGAAAACAAACAACUUGAAAAAAAAUUUUAAAAUUCACGUUGUGACAACCAUAACUGAUUUAAGAGUAGUUUUGAUUUGUUAGCAUUAUUUAUGCAGUACAAUACACUUUGUACGGGUAUUAUCUUAACAGAUAUUAUCUAAGCCAGAAGAAGAAAAGAUAUAAUGAUGAUUUAUAAUCAUUUAUCGUUUUAACUUACAUGUGCUUUUGUUUCCAUUAACACUAACUAAAAUUUUGUUUUAAUCAUGAUUUAGGUGUGAUUGCUAUGAUAAGUCUCAUUUUUUUUAUCGUAAGAUUACACAGAAAGACUUCAUAUUUCGUAAUGCUUACAUGUUUUGUAAAAUUAGUUUGACAAUCUGUACAGUAUCCGUUCCUUGUCUUGUACAUAACUUCAUCCUUUGUAUAAAGAAAAACAGUUUGUGUACAGAUUAAAAUGAAAGUUUAUA